GGCAAAGCCUCCUGUCCGGCCGAAAGGCAAUUGGGUUGGCCAACGCACAGCGCCGCACAAAGGCCCACUGGCGCUUCCAAUCUGCAGGGCUAUGCAAGGCUGCCUCAAUAUGCAUAUGACUGCCUAAAAUUUGAAUGAAAACCGCGAUCGGGAAAGGCAGGGCAAGUUUUUGGAAUUUGUUCCUGUGCCAGGGAAAUGUAACGGUCGCUUGAGCCACCAAAAAGGCAGGGGAGGGGUUGCCUUUGGGGAAGGUUUCUGUUGAACAAACAUUCUAGCCAAAUAAGUCAAGGGUGUCAACGACUAGGGAAUACCCUAGAACAUAGAAAAACCUUGGAGUCAGAAAAAUAAAAAAACUAUCCAAACUUGAAUUAUACAUAUUUAUUGUCAGAGCUUUAAUUUAGAAGACAUCUUUAACACCAUUUGAUUUUCAUAAAUAUAAUAGUCAGAGUGUUUUGUUUGCAUUAAUUUGAAACAUUGAUAAUCUAGUUUCUAUUUGACAUUUUGUUGGCAUAGAUAUGUGCAUAUUAAGUAUAAAUUUGAAUUAAUAUUAAUAAUUCAGAAGUAGAGAAGCUGAUGUGCUGACAGGCUUUUAAAAACCUGACGAGUAUGAGCCAAAACAAAACAUCACUAAUGCCUCAAUAGUGAAACCAAAAUACCCAUCCUGGUUCAAGAGGUAUCAAAAUAGCAUUAAAAAGCCAGGAGGGAGCGCUCUGCAGUUAUGAGUUGGUAAAUAAGAAUUAAAAACGCUGAUAAACCGAACCAAAUGAAUGCCGGCUGCUCCUGCUUAUUUAGUGUCACGGUCUUAGGAACUGGGUUUUCAACCCUCGUUCUCUCAUUUGGUUUUCGGGCAGGAGCAGAUGUUUCUGGCUUAAUGGAACGCGCCAAACACAGAGCCGGGGCAUUGUGCGGUUCGUUCUACGGGUGUCUUAUGUACCAGCUAGUACAUGGCCCUGGGGAUGAGGAGAGGGCGGAUCGGGGAGGGGCACGAUCCACUCGACUGCGCGCCGGCGCAGGAAGUGGAGGAAGUCUGGAAGUUGAGGAGCUGCGGCCUGGAACGAACCGUCAGUUCAGUUGAGUCGCAGUUGCCGAACGGAGCGGAUCGAUCUUGAGAGUGAAAAGUGCUUGGCAGUGAAAAUAUAACCCCUUGAAUACCAAAAUAGAAACCAGUACAGUGCGAUCAUGUCGCAUCACAAUUACACCAAUCCGGCUUUUUGCCAAAACAGUGAAUUUUAUCCUGUUUCCAGUAAUAAAUCAGCUCACGUAGAGUCCAUUUAUAACAGGAGCUUGCAAAUGAGUUUUGGGGCAGCUCCUCCGCGAUCGGCAAACGCCACACCGACCAGAAAGGGCCAAAUGCAACGUAGCAUGUCCACGCGUUCGGUGACGCGGAAGCAAUACCAACAGCAACAGCAGCAACAUCAGAUAAAAAACCAGCAACAGCAGACCAAUCAGCAGCAAUCCAGUGGUCGGUACGCCUUGGUUCCCUUGGAAGAGUUGAACACCAGCAGAGCUGGCAGAUAUGCAAUAGUUCCUGGCCAGGCGGCUCAGAGGUUGGCCAGAUCCCAGGAUAAUCUAGAUCGGUAUGGCUCCCGGUAUGGCAUACACGAGGACGAGGAGCCGCACUCUUUCCACGAGGAGCCCUACCAGGAGACCCAGUUCGCCAGCUUGCCGCCCAUGAUCAAUCUGCCCCCGAAACCUAUCGCCCGGAACAACAACAAUAGCCAAGCCCCCAAUCAAUCAAUCAAACACGCUUUCAGCAGCGACUUCGGCAGCAAAACCUUCCUGAUUGUGGAUAAGAACAGCAAUCAGAGAUACCAAAUGGUGCCCACCGCUGAAGAUGAGGAGCUGGUGGACGAAAACCAGGAGAUUAUCCAAAUGCACAAUGGCCGAGCCCACAGGUAUGCCAUGAUACCAACAGAUGUGGACGACGAUGAAUUGCCGGAGCAGGAUCAGGAGGAGCAGCAAGAGACCUGCCUGAGCACCACGGAGAUAUCCCAACAGUUCGCAGCCAGGACAUCUACGCCGCAGCAGAGGAACGCGGCGGCGGCAACCAGGGCGCUGCAUGAGCUUCUGGUCACCCCAAGAAAAAUGCAACCUCCACCGAGGCUGGCCCAUUCCACGCCCCGAAAUGCCGCCCACCUGGAGCAGUUGCAGCUGGAGCGCAAGUUGCAAAUCUACCAGAGCCAGCAGGUGCUCAGCCAGUUGGGAUCAGGACCACCCGCCCUGCCCCUUCGCCAGAACAGACUUUCACCCCAGAGACUGCAUUACGAGACAGUGAAACCAGCUCCGUUGCAGAUAGCAGAUCGUUCGAUGGCCGUCAUAAGUCCAAGGGUUCAUGAGCAACAGGAAAGGGAACAGGACAUGAGCAGUGUCCAGGGGAAGUCCCAGAACAAUAACUCCUACCCGCAGAAGCUGGCAAAUGCCACUAUUACCUUGGCCGUGGUGUCCCUGAUGAUGGUGUUGGGCAGCACCAUGAAUGCUGGAUUGGCUAUCUAUAUGAUUGCUCAUUUUGGAAAAUCAUUUUUCCUACAAUUCAGCCUGGCCUCCUCCUUUUGUGCUGUAGGCCUUGGAUUCCUUGGAUUCCGAUCACGUCACUGCGAAUGGCUGCCAAACAGGAGCUACAUUUCCGGCUAUAUUCUGGUGACGGUCUUUUGCCUCUUCAAGUGUUGCGGCCUGCUGGUGAUUCUUGUUUGGAAUCCCUUCCCAGGCCUGCCCAUCCACGACAUAACUUCAGGAGUCAUCCUUGGACUAUCUACCUUCACCCUAGUGUUUAUUGGCUUGGGCGUGCUUGGAAGCCUCUGGUGCAACCGCCCUCCGCCAGACAAUCGCGUGAAUGUGGUUUAAUUCCAAAUAAAAACUAAAUUCGAGACCUAAUAUUAAAAUAGUUGUACACCAGAUCCAAUAACAACAUAAAAAACUUGGCACACCGAACGGCUAAAAGACCAAAAAGAAGUAUUAGACUUUUAAAUAGAGGAAGUUCAUCAUCCCCUGAAAAGACUGUAAAUAAUAAGUGGGUUGUACUUACAUCAUAAUAUUUAAUUCUAUGCUAAGAACGGUUAUUCAUUAUUAAAUUAUUACAUGUAUUAGUCUAAGAGAGUUAAAAGUAUAUGAGCAUCAAAUAAAUAUAUUUUUUCUAACAACAUUAAAGAGGUUAUCACUCAUGAUUUAA